AUGUCGCGGCUGCAGACACGCGUCUUCUACGGGCUUCGGACCGACGUCUCGGGGAACGCGCACUUUGUCACCGACGACGAGGUUCUCUACCUGGUCGGCAAUGCCCUCGCCUUGCACAACUACUCGCAGCGUCGUCAGAGGCUCAUACGACUGCCCGACAGGCACAAAAUCAAUUUGAUGACCAUAGCGCCCAACAAAAAGUACGCGGCUCUGUGCGAGGUCGGGGAAAAGCCGUUGAUCACGAUCUACGACCUGGGCACGAUGAAGAGAAAAAAGUUGCUCGGCAUACCGCACGAGUUUGCCGGCUCGAGCGGUUUCUCGUGUUUGUCCUUCACGUACGACAGUAAGUACUUGGCGGCGGUGACGGACGAGAAUCAGACGAUGUUGUUUUACAACUGGGAAAAGGGUAAGAUCGAGUCUAGCUCGGACUUGAGCAACGCGCAAAACCUCGCGUCGAAGGUGCACUUUGUCUCCUGCAACCCCAGUGACGUUGGGAUCAUGGCCGUGGCUGGUAGCUACGUCUUCAAGUUCCUCACCGUGUCCGAAACCAUCUGGAGGCCGUACGGCUUCGCCAAGGCGGACAACUUGCUCGUUACCUCGAUCACCUGGCUCAACGGCGACCGACUCCUCGCCGGGCUCUCGGACUCGCGGAUUCUCUUUCUGGAGAACGGCGACCUCAAGAACAUCUUCCGGAUCGCCGACGUCACGCUCAUGAACCUUAAGAUCCGCGAGGAAGUGGUACUGCAUCCGGUGGCUGAUGCGACUACCACGGCCCAGCAGCCACAAGAAAUACUGUGCCUGACCUCCUUCCAUCGUGGCUUUGCCCUCGCCUUGGGUCUCGGGACCAUCGUGGUGUUCGAGAAGGAUGGUCAGCACAAGUACGUCAAGCGGAACGCGUACACCAUCCCGAGCCAGCCUUCGAUCGAGACCGAUCGGGAUCACUACCGAGUUAACGCGAUGAGCGCGAAUCCGAGCGCCGAUAAGUUGGUGGUGACCUGCGGCUGGUCGCAACUAUUUUGCGCCAAUCUCUGGGGCCCGGAAUUGAAGGACGAUUCCAAGCCCGAGGUUCUCGACGUCAUUGGCCACAAUCUUCAUCACGGGCCCAUCGGUGGUCUCUCGGUCUGCACGUGGAAGACCCACGUUGCGACCUACGGCGAUCUCGACCACAGCGUCCGGCUCUGGGACUACGAGGACGAAAGCCUGAUCAUGGUCAAGCAGUACCUGGAGAGGAUAUCUUGCGUCGUGCUGCACCCAACUGGCCUUUUCUGUCUCAUUGGCUUCAACGACAAGCUCCGAUUCAUGAGCGUUCUCAUCGACGAUUUUUUGACGAUCAAGGAGUUUCCGAUCCGCAGCUGUAAAAUAGCCGCCUUCAGCUACGGGGGCCACGUAUUUGCCGCCGUCAAUGGGAAUAUUAUUCAAGUGUACAGUACGAUGGAUUUUAGCACUCGUUUUUUGCUCAAAGGCCACUCGGAAAUAAUAAGCGGAAUGACGUGGUCGCUUAACGACAGGAAACUCGUUAGCUUCGGAACCGAAGGUGCCAUUUACGAGUGGGACAUGAGCAACGGUUCGAGAGUAAAAGAGAUCGUUUUGAAGGGCGUGAUGAUCCAAGGAGUUGUUUUACUGUCGAGCGGAACUGAGAUGUACUGCAUUUCGAGCGAUGGCCUCAUUCACGAAAUCAAAGAAACCACAGUGAUCAGAUCAUACAACGUACCCGAAGUACAACUGCGUAGCAUCGUCAUUGGAAAAGAUGAUUCGCUGAUAUUUGCAACUUACCCUAAUGGCUUUGUAGCAUCUUUGAAAUAUCCUCUGCAGAACCCAGUAGAAUAUAACGAAUAUCACGUACAUUGCGCGGACAUCACUCAGAUGUGCUUGACAUACGAUGAAAACGUUUUAAUAACUACCGGCGUCGAUGGCACAAUGUGCUUUUGGAAAGUUAUGUAUACCGACGGUAAAACUACUUCCGUAGGCCGAGAUCUCCUUUACCUGGAUCAAAUAUUGAUUGGCCGAAGUGACCUCGGUGACAAAGUGCAAAACAUUCGCGAUCUAACCACCCGCAUUAAAGAAGUGGAAACGGAGAACGCGUACAAAAUGCGUCAAAUUUCGAUCCAACACAACGAAUUGGUACGCGAUAUCCAUGAGAGCUAUUGUGAAGCGAUGGAAGAACUGCGAGAUAAGAUCGAUAAGCUGGAAGACGAUCAUACGAGUGAGAUCAAUACGAUUAAUGUGGAGAUUGCGAGAAAUAUGGCUGCCCACGAGGAAGCCAUGCGUCAAAUGGAGAUCAGCUAUGAUGCAAAGUUGAUCGUCGAGUAUGACAAGUACAGCAAGUUCGAGGCGCACAAUAAUACUAUGCGUCAAGACUACGAACGCAAGCUUGCCGAUCUCGCUAAAAAAAGUAAACGUGAACUAGAUGAAACAAUAGCAAAGUACGAGGAUCGACUGAGGGAAAAGGAGCUGCAGCUCACAGAGGCUCACGAAGAAAUAAGUCAGGAAGUUCAUGUUCACGAAAUGAUCAAAGAACAGAUAGAGGACGACACAGAUCGCGAGAUUAUAGAGCUUCGUACCUACUACGAGACUUUAUUGAACGACGAGAAACAACAUAUAUUAAAAUUAAAGGGUGAAUCUGGAGUUUUAAGAGGCCAACUCGCGAUGAGCCAAAAAGACUUGGAAGAACUCAAUUGGCAGCUGAAAAAGUUGCGAGAUGACUAUACACAGCUCAAGGCUCGAAAAGAGGAAUUGGAUGACAACGUGGCAGAUUUGAAAAAUGAGGUUGCGGAUAAGGACUCAACCAUCGUCAGUAAGGAUAAGACAAUAGGCAAACUUGAAUUGUCGAAUCAGGAACUUGAAAAAAUUAAGUUUGUGUUGGAUCAUCGAGUGCUUGAGAUGUCAAAACAAAUAGAGCCCCGCGAUCGCGAGAUCAGCGAACUUAAAGAAAAGAUUGCUGACAUGGAGACAGAACUCCUAGCUCUCAACAACAUCAAUCAAAACCUUGAAUUGAAAAUCGUAGGACUGCAAGAAAAAUUAAGCGCUGCGAAACGUGAGACUCAGAAUGAGAUUGGUCUACGAAAACGAAAGCAGCAACUACUCAGAAGAAUACGCAUUGACUUGAUCAACACUACUGCCCUCAUUCAACAACCGGGUGCUCUAAAGAACGCUGUCAUUAAAUUGUACAAUCAGUACAGUGCGAGUGACCAGUUGAAGCGAAGUCACCAGGCAGACCUCGACGCGCAGUACGAAUUUGCCAAGCAGAGAGAUCACCUCGAGAACACCAUUACUUUGUUGAAAAAGCAAUUGGCUCGCAGUGAUUCGAUGAGCGAUACUCCUUACGAUAAACUCUUGGAUGACAACAUAUUUUUACUAUCGGAGCUAAAUGCGCUGCGAGAUGAGCUGAGAGCAAGUCAGAGGCACACCUCGGAUAUGGAAGGCUUAUUGGGCAUUAGAGGUAAAGAGAUUGGUCCAACGGAAGCAAGAAAUAAAGUGUUUAAAAUCAUUCGUGGUAAUGAAGAACUGAAGCGCGAAUACGAGGUGAAACUUCAAGAUUGCGAAAAAAUCAUCGACAUACUGAAAGAAAACAUUUCGGAACUGUACUGCAAACUUUUCGAGUAUGACACCAAGGAUGAAGUGGUUCUUUCAUAA